UCAAUAAAGGUCUUUAGGUCAGCAUUUCUUUCAGUAAAUAACAUGGCUCCGUUUAAUUUGGUAAUGUUUAUUGUUCUUACGUCUUUAAAUUGUUUCCUGUGUCUUGUCACUCCAACCGAUAUUUUAAACGAAAUUGAAUCCAACGAGAAUAUUAGCCGGUCGUGUAGUUUCGAAAGUGUUUUUGCGGAAUUUUACGACACCCAGGGCACAAGCUAUGAAUCGGUUAUCAACGGAUGUCUUACAAAUACUUCAUUUGUUGUAAAGGACGUGACCCACAUCGAAAUUUCUCUGCAAUACAUCCCUCGAUUAGAAAGGCGAUCGAUAGGAGACCUGCCGGAAUUGGAAUCGAUUUUAUUCAUUAAAUCCGGAAUUGAACAUGUGGAACCCGGUGCAUUUUACAAUCUACCGAAAAUCAAAAACAUUUCGUUCGUUUUCAAUGAUUUUCACGAAGUGAAACGGGGAAUCUUUAACGACCUUCCGGCAAAUAAAAUCUUAAUAAGUAGCCCGGUGCUGACAAACAUUGAAGAGUAUGCUUUUGCUGAUAUGAACAAUCUAUCAACCAUUGCCAUACAUUACAGUCGAAUAUUGACUUGGAACAGAAAAUGGUAUGGAGAAUCUAAGACAUUGACGACGAUUGACUUCCGAUUUGGAAUUUUAGAAGCUUUACCAGCAGAUGCUUUUCAUGGAUUUCCAAAUUUGAAAUGUAUCUCGUUUAGAAACAAUAGGCUACAUACCAUAGAAAAUGGAAUAUUUCAACCUGUUGCAGACGUUUAUUUAUGGGGAAAUCCAUGGACCUGUUCCUGUCUGGAUUCGAUCAAAGAAUGGCUUAGAAACACUAACGGAAGCAUUCACGACAACUACAACUGCAUAGACUUCCGAAACCCUGUAUGUGUUGCAACAAAAAGCAGUGUAUGUUUAGAAGAACUUAACCACGAAGCAACGAAGACUUUUUUUAGGAAAUUCUCACAGAAACGGCUUUGUGUAGUACCUGUAACGUUGCUUUAAAAUGCAUAAAAUCCGUCCAAUAGGGGAGUACAUAAAUAAUGAUAAAAUAUGUAGUUUCACUACACAGUAGCUUCAUCAGGUGAAAGUAAACAAUUAUUAUAUUAGAGAAUCAUUACUGUAAUGUUACAAAUAAAAUUAUUUCUUGAAAA